GCGAAUUCAGUAAACUGGUGACGACGAUCGUUGAAAUACGGUUUGAUUUUUUUUUUAAUAUCGCGUAUUUUCAUGAAAUUGUUGUCUUAAAACGAAAAAUACUCUUCGAUUUAUAGAAUUUAUUUGGUUUCCGUCAGAAACAAUUUCUCUUCCGAUUAAUCAAGUUUGCUCGGUCGUUCUUUUGAGUGAUUUUUGGACACGUCAUCGCGUUCAUGUUGUUUUUGAAUUUCUCUGUUUUUGUUUUUUGAGCAUGAGGUGGAUGUUUUGUGGACGAACAGAACGCAUUGGUUCAUCCAUCAUGAAGUCGUUAAUUAAUAAAACUAUUCCAGAGCAGUACGCAAAGCUGUAAGCUGUAAUGUAAAAAGAAUGAUAUGUUGAAGAGGGGAAGAGGCAGAAAAAGGAAAUCUCCAACUUCAGAAUUUGAACCCUCUGGGGCUGAAAAUGAAAUCAGAUCAGCGAAUAUUCGGUUGUCCACAGAAGCUAUGAACGUUAAGAAUGUCGUAUUUGAAUUCGACAAAUUGAUGAAGGCAUAUCAAGUGGCGAUUGAAAAUCCCUGCGAAGAAACAUUUCUGAGAUACGUAUUGAACCAAGAACAACAACACUUGAAAUUCAUCGAAACCGUUAACGAAAAUAAACGUCUGAAAGCUGCGUUAGAUACGGCUGAAAAAGACAUAGCGAUCACCAACGGUAAACUGGUAUCGGCCAAGAAGAUCAUAGAUGGAGAACGAAAUCGUCGACUUCAAAUCGAAUCCGAGAAAGAAUGUUUCGCCGAAAGAUUCUCUUCGUUACGUCAAGUAUUGCUGAACGAUUUAGCUAAUUUGCCCAUCUCGGUGAAAAAUCAUUUGGCAAUGUUAGACGACGAGCCGAAAAGUAAAAGUAAUAACUACUUGAGCACGAUUAUGGAAGCUGAUUCUACGGCCAAUACAACAUCUACUACCCGAUCCGAAGAAGAACUCGACGAUUCGGUUAUUCACUAUCAACAGUACAAAAAACACCGUGUUUCCGAUGAAGAUCAACCGGUUGCUAUAAAGAAACGAAGAUCGAGCGUGCGUAGUGAUCCCAUCAACGUUGAUUCGAAAAGUAACGCGAAUUUGAGUAAGCUCAACAGCCGAAACCAUACUUUCGUCGGGCGAAAUGUCAUCAUGCCCGAACGAUGUGUGCUUUGCGAGAAAAGAUUGAGAUUCGGUCAGAAUGCAUUCAGGUGUUCGGAAUGUAACGCUACUAUACACGCCGAGUGUCGUAGUAAAUUACCUUUACCUUGUGUUCCUAUGGGUGUACCUGCCAAGAAAGGAACUCGAGUAACUUUAGAAGAUUUCACUCCACCGUCCUUCCCCAGAAUUCCAGCUUUGGUCAUUCAUUGCGUGAAUAAAAUCGAACAAUUGGGCUUGAAAGAGAUCGGUUUAUACAGAGUACCCGGAAACGAUCGAGAGAUUCGUGCGUUAAAGGAGAAAUUCCUCAGGUGUAAAGGCGUUCCUUCGCUCGAGGACGUCGAUAUACAUACGAUUUGCUGCUGUUUGAAAGAUUUCUUGCGUAACCUAGACGAUCCCCUGAUACCUCACGAAGAACGAGAAAAUUUCGCCCUAGAAGUGGCCGACAGGAAUUCUGAGAAACUCAAGACUCUAGUGCAAUCGUUACCGCAAGCUAAUCGGCAUACGUUAGCUUAUUUGAUUCUACAUUUGCAGCGCGUCGCAUCUACCAUCGCUAGCAAAAUGCCGAUUUAUAAUUUAGCCACCGUUUUCGGUCCUACCAUCGUUGGAUUCUCCGAUAUCGAACCCAUGAAUCCGUUCGUUGAAGCGCAAGUGUCGAUAUCAAUCGUUACCGAGCUUUUGGAAUUACCGUCUGAGUUUUGGAAUAGUCUACUAGAAGAAGACGCUGCAACGCUGAAGAGCGAUCGAAAAAAUUCCAAAAAUUGCCCUUUCAAAGAGUCUCCGAGUUUGAAAAAGUUGCCCAAUUCGAAAAAUAAACGAUUUUUCAACUCACCUACGACGAGAUAUUGAAAUCGUGUUUUUUUUAAGGUGCGUUUUUUAUGUAGUUAUUUUUUCUUUUUUUUAUUAAUAUACUUGAGUUGAAUUUAUAAUGAUGUGGCCUUCGAUGUGUCGUUUAAAGAAGUACAAAUCCGUGAUGUGCAUAUAAUAAUUUGUCUCGUCCUGUGAUUGAAAUAUUACCACGUGCGUUUUGUAGAUACCUAAAAUUGGCCAAAGUUUUUUUUACUUUUUUACGUUUAUUUUGUUUCUCUAGUUAUUAUCGAGUAUUUGAUGAACAUUUCUAAGUAUUUUGUACGGCGAUUAUUUCAUUAUUAUGUACGUUCGUUGUUCGUAUUUACUGCAGUAUUUUAUGGACAAAUUGUCAUUGAUUUUUUCUAUUAUGUUGUGACUUGAACGAUCGGUUUUAUUAUUUUUUUUUUUUUACUGAGUAGGAUUAAUUUUUAUGCAAUAAACGUAUUUCACAAUAA